AUGUCUUCCAUCCCAAAUGUCAACAACUUGAAGAGAGUGGUUUCCAAGAAAAUCCGCCAGACGGUGCGGAGACUCGAGAAGAAUCUCGAGAACUUGAGCAGGAACGUGAAUCCGAUGCCCCAGCCGGUCCGCAUCCCCGUUCCUGCUCAAUACGCCAUGCCUCGGGGCAAGGAUGAAUGUAAUAGAUCUUGUCAUUGGACGAACCUUCUUCCAUGCUUGACUCAUUUGAUCUGUUCCGUUCCUCUGAGCUCUGUUCCCAAUGGUGCUCCAACCCGUCGCUUAGAUCUGGGUAAGGUCUUGCAGCUGUACCUCGGUAGGCCUGCUCGCUUCCCAGCCUCCGCAUUGUUUGGCCGCUCCACAUUCCAGACCCUUGCCAUUUCCGUGUAUGGUAAUAAGCUUGCCUCUACAGGCUUCCUCUACCACAACACUAGAUUCUAUUCCACAUACAGUCGCAUGAAUUUCAACCAAUGGACCUGGUCCAAGAUCAACCAGUCAAUCAUGUUCAAGAAAUUCUCGUCGCAAUCUCAGUUCCGCCUGCAGAAGUUCUUAUCGCACUACAGACUCCCCACCCUUACUCAGAUCUUGAAGAAGAGAUCCAAGUGCGCCCAGAAUGAAUUCGAGCCUCGUGUUCGUUUGUGGAAUAUCUACCGUGAAUUAUCCAAGAAAACCACCAGAUUUAACUCAGGCGUCACCGCUGCUGCUAACACCAUAACAUCCACAUCUCUCCGCCUAAAUGCGCUGUUGACGCAAGGCUUCCAUGACAUGGUCCGUGUUUUGGCUAACGAGGCUUCAACUGUAGCUGAGGGAUGCUACGUUGAUUUCAAGCUCCAGCCACUUGUGUUGAUCCCCGAGAAAACUAUGAUGUCUGCAGACAUCCUUGCAGAAUUACAGGCCAAUUUGAAACACUUUGAGCGUCAUUUGGCACAACUACAGAACGACAUUUCUCAACUCAGUGAUUUGGGAGAGCUUCCACUAAGAUACGUCUCAUCCGAGGGUAUCAUAAGAGUUUACUUUCCAAAUUGUGAUCGCGAAAGAUUACAAAUUCUCUUGCGCGAAAAGAAUAUUUGUAGCGGAGUUAUCUACGAGGAUUUUGCCCAGGAGGCCGCCGACCUUGAUCGCUUUACGAAUGUGUCGUCCGUUUCAGAGAGCGACAUUUUGAGCAGCUACUACCUGUCCUCAGUGGAGUCCAGCUCUCAAUCCGAGGACUCAGAUUCAAAUGUUUUGUCUCUCGAGACCUCUUCCAGCGAAUUUGAGAAGAACCUGCCUGGCAACAUGCUGCCCAUGCAUUUGGGCAAUAUCGUACCCAGCCAGGGGCCAAUCAUGUUUGCCGAAGACAAUUACUGCUGGGCAUAA